AUGUGGAAACUGAUUUUAUUUUGUGGGAUAUCACUGCUAGCAAUUAUUCAAGAAAAAAUGACAGUAGCCUUAUGCCCACCGUAUUUACUGAAACUGAAUGAAACCGUUACUUACAACCCACCAUUAAUGCAUUUAGUUGCACCGCAGGGUACAGUAGCUUCCUUAUUGUGCAAUUAUGGUUACAUAGCACAGGGUAUAGCGACUUCUCGUUGUAAUGAAAAUUCCCAGUGGGAACCACCUUUGGGCAAAUGUGUUGGAUUAACUGAUGGUGCUUCUUGUUCAGUUCUUGAUGGUUUCAAUGGAAAAAUCCAAUAUACUCAUCCAGAACUCGUUCUAGAUCAUUUGCUUGAAGAAGUUCCUUCUGGUACACUGGCAGCGUUUUCAUGUGGUUUACAAGCCAAGGUGGAAGGUUAUCCAUAUUCAUUUUGUCAUAAUAAUGAGUGGUCAGCGCCGACACCUAUGUGUAAUUUUUUUGGGCUUCAUCAUGUUAAAGAAAUGGGAUGUAAAGCAAUCGAAGUUCCCAAUGGCCAUAUGAAAUAUAGUAAAAGUGCUAAUGGAAAAAUGAAUUAUCCAGUAAAUACCAAAGCAAAAGUGGAAUGUGAUUUUGAUCUUGAAUAUAGUGGACCAAAGCAACACACAUGUCGACGAAAUAAUAAGUGGUCAAAUAAUUUGGGUAAAUGCUUGCCUGUGCAAAGCAGUGAUUCAGAAUAA